CCAGCUGUCAAGCUUCUUGCACAGGUGCCAGAAUUGUUUCCCUACAAUUUGAACAGUCAUCGUGGGGAGCAUUUAUACUUCAGUUCCUGUAAACCUGACUGAACGCAGACAAAAUGGAUCACCAUGAAGUUACCUUGGAGGCUGACAAAAUCCAUCAAAAUCGUCUCUCAAAUGUCACAGAAGAUGAAGAGCAAGAUGCUGCAUAUACAAUUGUGACAGUCCUAGAUAAAGUGGCCAGCAUUGUACACAGUGUACAGGAGAGCCAGAAAAGAAUCGAAGAGCGACACAGAGAAAUGGAGAACGCUAUCAAGACCAUACAGAUUGAUGUUUUAAAGCUUGCCCAGACUCAUGGCAAUACAGGCUAUAUUGUUAACAAGUUGCUUGAGAAAACCUGCAAAGUUAGUUCCCAUGUUAAAGAAGUGAGGGCACGUGUGGAAAAGCAGAGCGCUAAUGUGCAAAAGGUUGAAGCAAAACAAGAGGAGAUGCUGAGAAAAAACAAAUUUCGGGUUGUAAUAUACCAGGAGGAAACAGAAUGCCCAUCUUCGCUGUCUGUUAUCAAAGACAGGACAAGAGGUGAAAACCUGGAGGAGCAAUUUUUCCCACCUGAUGACCUCUCUUCUGAUGAAGAAUAUUAUAUAGACGAAAGCAGAGCAUCCAGAUUUAAAAAAUCAGGCAUGAGACGCAUAGAUAAUAUCAAAAAGGCAUUUUCAAGGGAAAAUAUGCAGAAGACCAGACAAAAUUUUGGCAAGAAGGUGACCAGGCUUCGAACUAGAAUAGUGACACCAGAGAGGCGAGAGAGACUGAGGCAGUCAGGAGAGAGGCUGAAACAAUCUGGGAUAAGGCUCAAGAAAACUAUUUCAAAAGCUGCUCCAACAAAGGAGACAUUCAAGCUCAAUAAGAAAGAUAAAGAGCGAACAGUAGCUGAAGGGCAAGAAGGAAUCCAGGAAGCUGGUGUGCAUGCAGUUUCAGCGAGUGGGGCAGAAGAACCAGUCACAGAAGAGAUUUCCUACACAGAAGUGAUCACGAAAGUAAAGAAGGAUAAAGGCAGUGGAACAAAAGGCGCAUCCCAGCCAGCAGAGAAAAUCAUUCUUAAACAGGAGGCAACAGAAGGAGGAGGUGAUAAUGUUCUUCUGUUGGACCUCAAGCAUCCAGCAUAAGUGAUCAAGAGAAAUCGUAAUUAGUAUCUGUUCACUUGGGCAGAUUGAGAGUGUAUGUAACUUUUUAUUGUUAUAGCAGAAAAAUAUAUUGGUGCUGUUCUAGUGUUUAUAUGUAUAGCAGACAAUGUGUUUGUUGCCUUUUUAUUACUACGCAAAGUCACAUAAAUAGAACAAAGGGUCUCAUCUCUCUUGACGUGUACAUAUAACUUCAAUUAAUGUGAAUGGGAGUUACAACUGCACAUCACAAGGAGAUGGAAACUCCUUGUAUAUUUAAAACAAAAAUAUAAGGCACUUAAUCGCCUUCUUGCUAUCUUUAGUUUUAUGCACAGAGGCAUCCAAAGAACAUCUCCAUUUAUCUCAUGCCAACAUCAAACAGCAAACAAGCAACUGAGAUAAAUGUAUUACUUUAUGUUAGUGGAAGGGAAGACUACAAGAAUUGCUGUCAAGUAUCAGAGAGGCAGCCAUGUUAGUCUGGAUCUGUAAAAGCAGCAAAGAAUCCUGUGGCACCUUAUAG